AUGCUGUCAAAGCUCUCGUUGAUGCGGGUCGCGAUGGGAAACCCAUGCAAGUUCACGCCUUCUCUUGGCCUAUCAUGUCGCCCACGUGACAGCAUCGGCUCUGAGGCUGCAUGCGGGGAUGGCCCGGUCCCUGGGUGCCACCUGCGCACCUGCCACGUCUAUCCAACGCCGGCCGCCGACGCUAGCUUUGUCCAAACACUGAUCCUUGGGAGUAAACACGACAUUUACGUCUCAUCACACUACAUUCCUGUUCGAGACAUCGAUAAACCUCCUGCUCCACAUUUCACAACAUCACUAUACAGCACAGUCAACACCAUGGCAUCCGCGUCACCGCUUCCUACCUCUGAACUGGAGCAAAUUGCUCAGCAGGCCUGCGAGCAAGCUAUCGGCGCCGCUGAAUCAUACGACCACACAAAGGUUGGAGACUGGAACAGCGAGAUCAUUCAAUACAUCCUCAAGACGCUCAUCAGCAAGACUACACCCUCAUCCGAAUCCUCCACCCCUGAAACUCCCUCGCAGCCUGCCUACAAGUACAUCGCCAACAGCACCGUCAUCCAACACAUUGGCUCUCCCGCGGAACCCGACAAGCACGGUCGUCGCGGCAUGCACAGCGCGGUUGGCGCCUUCUGGAACAACGAGAAGGACGGCACAUACAGCUACAAGUGGGAGGCUGCCGAAAAGAAGGGCAUGGACAUUGUCAUUACCAUCACCUGGAUUGCUAUCUAG